AGAAGCCGGAGAGAGCUCAAAGGUAGAAGGAAGAAAAGAAAUGUCGUCGAGCGCAGCGGCACCGUUUUGGCGCACGGCCGGGAUGACCUACAUCACCUACUCCAACAUCUGCGCCAGUCUCGUCCGCAAUUGCCUCAAGGAGCCUUACAAGACCGAGGCUCUCUCCCGCGAGAAGGUCCACUUCGCCAUCGCCAAGUGGGCCGACGGCAAGCCCGAGAGGCCCUUUAUCCGUACGGAUCAACCAGAAUGAGUUUCGAACUGCUGAAGUGGUCAUGCCUUUGGGUUGGACAGAUGGGUUCGCCUUUUCCUUUUUCUUGUCAAUUUGAGAGAUGUGAUUACGAUCGGGUUUUAAUAUCCCCGUAACUUUCAGAUGGGGACUGAAUUGUGUUUUUGAGUGAUCUUUCUCAUUAAUAAUGUAAUACACUGAUUAAGUGCUUAAUGCCUAAUAUAUAAUCGCCUCGAUACUGCUCCUUUUCACAAAA